AUUUGGUAUUUCCAUUGUGUCUAUAAAAUAUAUUCCAAAGAUUUAUCCAUUAGGUAUCCUUUAACGUAGUACUUCAUAAUAUAAUUUAAUAUUUUUUGAAACCUCACCUUUACGAUUGCCUGGGAGUAAUAUUUUGGAUAAAAUAUUUGAUUUUACCUUCCCCCUUCCACAAACUCGCAAGUCAGCCAUUAGUCCAAUACAUGGUGCUCACAUGACCUGUUGUUUGGUCCCGUGAUCAAAUUGUGGGGUACCUGGCAAAUUCAAAACUUUACCAAGUGAUUUCUGAUGGAUAUGCUCGAUCAUUCACUUGAAAACAGCCAGGACCGGGACGGGGACGCCAGCGACGGCUCGUGCCUGGGGGCGGACAGCAAGGAGCUGGUGACCCAGUCCCUCACCAUCGUGGAGGACGACGGCUCCCUGGGCUCCGCGGAGGACCAGUCGACGGUGGCGGAGCUGGCCCGCACGCAGGCGCUGCUGGAGGACGACGGGGACGUGCAGUACCAGUUCCGCUCGAGCGACGGAGAGACCGUGACGUACCGGGUGGUGCAGGUGGGCGGGGCGGACUCUGUGGAGCCGCUGUCGCAGAUUGUAUCGUCCUCGUCUGGGUUCACAGGGACCGGCGUCCAGCAAGCCGUGCUGGCCAGCCCCAUCAACGGAGGACAGUUCUACGUGAUCAACCCCCAGGACGUGUUCGGCUCGGCCGCCUCCCGCUCCGCCAUCCAGAUAGAGCCGUCGCGGGGUAGCGGAACGGUGAGGCGAGACGACAGGAGACGGGCCACGCACAACGAGGUGGAGCGGCGGCGCAGGGACAAGAUCAACAACUGGAUACUGAAGCUGAGCAAGAUAAUCCCCGACUGCACGGCGGAGAGUGCCAAGUCAGCACAGAGCAAAGGAGGCAUCCUGGCGAAGGCGUGCGAGUACAUCAUCGACCUGCGAGCGUCGAACCAGCGCCUGGCGGAGCGCGUCAAGCACUCGGAGCAGGUGGUCCUGGACAACGAGAUGCUGCGGCAGCAGAACGAGAAGCUGGAGAGGACCAACUCGCUGCUGAUCGCGCAGCUGCGGCAGCACGGCAUCGUGCUGGACGUGUCGUCCGUGUCAUAGCGCCGUCACCCCCGGUGUGCGCGACCGAGUUGUAUAUGCAGCGAAAACGAUGCUACGGAUUUCUCGUGAACGUUCGACACCAAAAAAAUGUCCUGGGAAAGAUGUGAAUAUAUUUGUACAAAAUUUGUAACAUCCGUUUUUUUUUUUUUAAAUCGUUUUCCUCAUUUGUACAUAUUGAGCCGUUUUUGAUGCACGUUUGGCAUUGUUUGGGAGUACCUUGUUGAUAUGUUUCGUUAGUUUAUCCUGGUUGAGCCUUGAAAAAUUAUGUGAUUGCGUUGUGUAAAUAUGUUAUAACUUAUGACCAUACAGUGAAAUUAUCUAAAUGCAGUUUAAAUGGUUGAUUUUACCGCUUGACAUUUUUAUCCGUAGAAUUUAAAAUUGCGUAUUAAAAUAUUUUUGAAACGUUUGCGUAUUAUCGAUAAUCAUGUGUACGUUAUUCUAAUAAAAUACAGGUAAGGAUAUGUUCAAUUUAUUACAGUUCAAGAGUCGAGUCAAAUUGUUUGAUGUCAAGUAUACAUAUUUCAUUAAAAAGAAAAUUUAGUUUGAUCUCAUUAUAUAAAUAAAACCAGUGUGUUCAACAGCAUUUGUAGAAUCUGAAGGGGAAAAAUGUUAUUACUGUACAUGUAUUUUAAAUUGCAAAUUUUAUAUUAUCAACAGCAUCACCAUAUUUCUGUAACACUUAUAGAACUGGUUGGGGAUUUUAAAUAAGAAAGACUAAACUUUUCUUUUAUUGUGCAUUUGUUGUGCAAUGUUAUUACUGAGCUUGAUCAUAGUGUUUAUUUUAAAAAUUAAGCUAACUAAUUCAUAAAAUGUAAAAUUACUGUUUUUGUUUUUACAAUUGAAGAAAAAUGAUGUAUUUUUGAAAUGAUAUUGAGGAGUGCAACUCUGUUUUGAUGUGUGUAUAUAUAUUUAUUUGUAUUGUUUAAAAGGAAAUAAUUUAAGUUUUAGGAAUUUAGUUGUGCAUAUAAUUGUUUUCUCGUUGACAGGAUAAGAACCAUAAAUUUUCUAGAACAGGUGGUGGUGCAGUAUUUGACAAAUAAAAAAGCUACUUUUGAUAUGUUAUGUCAUUCACACUGUAAUGCCGUGACUUAGUUAAUGAAGUCAGAUUAAAGACUAAGUGUAGAGGUAAGCGUGGAAAAGAGCUGGAUGGAAUAUGGGGUGGAGCAGAUGAUAUGUAUGUUUGAUGACUUAAGGCCCUCUUGCGUUGUCACAUUAAUUUUGUCAUGAACUGUUGUCAUGGCUCAAUGUUCUCUGCAAAUAGUUUGAUUCAAGACUUUUUGAAGUAUGUAGUUGGACAGUCUCUUGAGUGGGUGUCUCGUACUGUCAAACUCUGACGUCACGUUUGAGUUUUUGCAAAUUACGAUUCUCUUUUCUUUGAAAGUUGAAUUUCUGUAUAUACUCAGUUGCCUGUCUUGCAUGAUUUGCACUAGGCAGCUUCUGAUUGCUAGAAACCAUUCAAUUUGACAUGGUUUUAAAUUAACAAAUUUGAUGUACAUGACUGCCAUCAAAUUUUCUUCAGCGAUAUUGCUCACUAUCUUGUACUAGUUAAAGUUUUAUGAAAACAUUUUUUGUGAGAGGUUCUCUAGUUAAGAAAAAUAAAUCCAAAAUAGGAGGGCUUACAAAAGACGGGUGACUUGACAGUGAUAACAACAUAAACUAUUCGUAUUGAUUUACAAAUCAUAAAGUACAUUUUGAGGCUAUUUGUUGUCAAUUUGGAUAACCAACAAAAAAAUCCUGUACAAGAGAAUAAAUUUAAUGAGAUUAGUGAGUAAGGUAAAAUGAAAUUAUAAUGUGAAGUUAUUUGUAUUUCUGGUGUUUUAUUUUGAAACAGUAGAAAAAUACAGUUUAAUUUCCCACAACUCAGCCUUGCGCUUAAUGUUUGGUGAUAAAUUCUGGUGGUGUCAAACCCAGUUUUUUCACAUGUGGGAAAUUUGACGUUGGGUUUCCCCAGGGUGCUCCUAUGUCCACUACUAACCGCUUCCAUCUCUGCUCCACCCCCUUAGCUUCACUCAUUGUCUCUAUUAACAUUGAUAAUGACAAGACAUAAGGCCUUAAUUCAUCCAUUCAUGUGGUGGCUACAGAUCAGAUUGUAUGAAAUAAUCAUAACCAGGUAUUGUAUGCUCAUGGAUUUAACACUAUGUUUGUUACUUGGAAGGAUGAUUUAACUUAUUAAUUGUUGGUGUGAACAUUUGUUAAUCUACAACCUUAAGAGCCCCACCUAGUCAGGGGUGUAUGUGUGUCGGCAAGGCGGUGUGAUAAAGCGCGACGCUCGAUUAUGCAUCUAGCGUGGUAUCGCCUCUGAACUGGCGCGCUGUCUUCUCGUCAUGCAUAAGAUGACAAUGAUAUUUGAGUGUUGACCAUAACGUUAGAUGGAUGCUUUCAAGAAUCUUUGUCUGGUGUUUCAUGCAGAAACAUUAUUCUGAAAACAAAUUUUUUAACCUUUUUCACUCUUUUGCAUUCUGAAAAUACAGUUAGAAAAUUAAAUACGGGAACAAUAUUACUCAUCCUCCGUCAGCGCAUUCUUAUUUUGUUUUUCAUAAAAUCACCCUUACUGAUAUCUUGAUAACUUUUCAAAUUGCGUGGUUUCUUCUGAAGCUCUUCACACCGUGUGUGCGCCCGGAUAGGCGGGGCCCUGAAGUUUGUAGACCUGGCUAGCGCUUGAUAUUUGUAAAUAAUUGCAAGUUGGUAAUCAUUACUUUGACUCGACUCUGCUUUCCUAGUGUGACUCCAUCACUCCAAAUCGCAUAAAGAUGAGUUACCAUGUUCUUACCAUUGAAGGAGUGAUACAGUUGCGUCCAGCUUCGUCUGUUUUACAAAGCACUGAAUGCUCGUGUGGCAAGUUUUUGGCUAAUUGUAGUUAUUGUGUAUGUGCCAUUGUGCAAUUUUUGUGAUUUUUUUUUAUGGAACAAUUUUGUUGUGGCUUCACAGUUUUAAAAAAAUGUAGGUAUUUUACAAUGUAUAUAAUGCAAGUAAAUAUUGUAUAUAAAAUUAUUGUUACCCCACAUUUCUGGUUUUAUUACAGUCAGGUGUGUAUUGCUUGAAAACAUUUUUGGGUAAGUAAUGUCACUAUGGUUGAUGGCACGAACAUAACUUGUGAGAACCGUAGCAUAAUCAUUAUUAAUCCAUUUCAGUUAGCUCCGCAGCGAGUCCUCGUCAACUAAAUGCAGAUAGACUGGUUGUUUAACUACUAGUUACUUGAUCUUCCAAAAGACGUUGAACACACUACAUGCUUAAUUUUGUUCCAUUUGGUCUAUCAUGCCACAAGCAUGGCACAGAUUUCACUUAAUCGAAAACUUAUCCACCAGUCUUUUUAUUUUAGCUUACAUGGGGCUGCUAAUGGACUUAACUUGUACCUGAACUUACUGACGAAUAACUUAUUCUGGUAUUUUUUUUUGUAGGCUUUGUAGUGACAAUGAGGUGGACCUUCUGCUCAUAUAUCCUACUGGAUAUGUUCAUCUAUCCAGUAUGUCCACUUGCUAGACAUUCCAUUGGCAAGCCUUCUUAGUGUAACUUUUCAAGUAUCCAUGUAACUGACUCGGCUCUCAACCCAGGCACCAUACCAGCAAUCCAAUCCAUUCUGCAAGACUCCGUACAUGACCUUAUGUGUAUAUCCUGCCCACGCGAUUCAUUAAGUGUGACGCAGGUCUCACAUCCUCCCUGGGUGGUUGCGGUGUGGAGCACGAUGGUCAACAGAUAUUUUUUUCGGCCACAUGGCCAAGACAGUGGCACGUUAGUGUGGUGUAGCAUUAAUUUUCUGAAUGAAACUCAAAGAGGCCAAUAUUCUGUUUAUUCUUACCACACAUCCUGUACAUAGUGCUGUCAUAGGCCUGGUCCGCUUUGAGAGUCUUAGACUCGUUGUUAUGAUUGGGAUUCUACACGAACUAAUAUGGCUUGCGUGAGGGUCUCAAGUCCUCAACCUCUGGCAGACACAGUUAACUAGGCCAUGCUGCUGGCAUGGUUCUAACAAUAAUUGCAAUUAUUACUGGUUUCUGAUGUAGUAGAUACUAAGACAUGAUGGAUAUUACCCGAUGUUAAGUUCACAAGUCAUAUGGUACAGUUACUAAUGAUUGACAUGUGGAGUAUUUAGAUGUGGUGGUCGUUCCUGGGCGUUAAGUUCGUAAGUCGCGCGACGGGCAUGUUGCAUACAAGUAUGGUAACGUUUUCAUACAAAG